AUGAAGCUGCUCCUUCUGUUUUUACUGGCCUUUGCUGCCUCGCAACAUUGUGAUAAACCUUGUGCCGGCAAAGAUAACCCCGGAUGUGCCAAAAGGGACAACAAAUGCUUUUAUACCGUUCGCAAUCCAUGUAUUUUGCAAGCAAUCAACUGUUAUCGAAAGUCUCUUAACUUAUCUGAUUUAAAGCCCGUUUCUCGUCGUAAAUGCUCUAAAAAACAGGUUCCAUUAUGUGAAAAUAUUGAUACAUCAUGAUAAAUAUAUGUUUACAAUUAUUAUUAUUUUUUGCACUUUAUUUAGCCUUCAGUCAUAACCAAAACUUGGAAAUUAUAAAGCAGUCAA